AUGACAGAGUUGGCCCCCACCGCGGAAAUAAUCGAGUCCAUCUUUGCCGUCAGCCCUCACCUCAGGCCACCCGAGGGUCCCAAGUACGAUACCAGUGCAAGAACGAAAGUGCUUUCGACGCUAAAAAUGCUUCCACUUAUUGGCCGUAUAUUACCAGCAGCAGACGAAAGGGCCGAGGAAAUCGCCCGUUUGUUGGUUGAGCAGAAAGAGGCCGUUUCCUACAGAGCAUGGUACGCCAUCUCCGCUCGUUUAGACGAACUUACUGGCAACAAUACCUGGAAGUUGAGUCCUGAAUCUGUCCAUUACGACUAUGACCUGGUAUAUGAGAACAUGAUGCAUAUGCGAAAUGCUCGGAUAAAUAAGGACUACAGGUUACUUAUUUACUUGAUUCGUACUCGAUGGACCCGUAAUUUCGCCAAUAUGGGUGACCUUAAUCUUUACAGACAUUCACAUGUGGGAACCAAAAAACUCAUUGAAGAGUACAUCGAUGAGUGCCAAGAGUCUUUGCAUUGCUUGGUGACCAAUGAGGAUGUCAAUUUAGAUGACCGCUACCUCUUAGGAAUGCUUAUCCAGACCAGAAAGAAUAUCGGCCGUACAGCACUCUUGUUGAGUGGAGGCUCUACUUUUGGAAUUUCCCACAUCGGUGUUUUGAUUGCUCUAAUAGAGAAUAACUUGGUUCCCCGUAUCAUCAGUGGUUCGUCCUCAGGCUCCAUCAUCGCCAGUAUCUUAUGCUGUCAUACCAAUGAGGAAAUCCAUGAGCUUUUGAUGGGUAUUGCUGACCAGAAGUUUAGAAUCUUUGGUGAAGCGAGCAAAGCAGCUGGAACCAGCAAGCUCAAGUUCGUGCUUGAGAGGGUCAGCCACUUCUUAAAGUUCGGCACCUUCUACGAUAUUUCGGGCUUACAGGAAACAAUUUUCAACUUUGUGGGAGAUUUGACAUUCAGAGAGGCCUACAAUAGAACGGGCAAGAUCUUGAACAUCACUGUAUCGCCUGCCUCCAUGCACGAGCAAACUCGUUUGUUAAAUUACUUGACUGCCCCAAACUGCUUGAUCUGGUCUGCGGUAUGUGCAUCUUGUUCCUUACCAGGUAUUUUCCCUUCCUAUACCAUUUACGAGAAGAACCCUCGUACGAAUGAGAUCCAUGAAUGGAAUAAUGACAACACUUCCAAGUAUGUGGACGGCUCUGUGGACGGAGACUUACCCAUUGCUAGACUUUCUGAAAUGUUCAAUGUGGAUCACAUCAUUGCGGUCCAGGUGAACCCGCAUGUUUCUCCUAUCUUAAAAAUCGCCCUUGGAAAUAUUGGAGGGGAGUUGGACACCGAAUUGAGAAACACGUUGCGUGGUGUCAUGAAUGACUGCUAUGACUUCGUCACCAACGAAAUGAUCCACUAUUUGCAAGUUCUUCACGAAAUGAAUUUGUACAAGAACUUGACUUUAAAAGCGGUUUCAAUUCUCUCGCAGAAGUAUUCUGGUGACAUUACCAUUUUGCCUGAGUUGAACUUUAAAGACUUUUUAAAGAUCUUUCAGAACCCCACUCCUGAAUUCUUGCUUGAGUUUACCUUGAAGGGUGCAAGAGCAGCAUGGCCCAAAAUCACCGUUAUUAACAAUCAUUGCCGAGUUGAAUUUGCUCUUGACAAAGAGAUUUCCUACUUACGUGGCCGCUUGGUGUCAUCUGCCAAUAAGAGAUUGACCUACACUGAAAGCGUACCAAUGAAGACAGCUGCAUCUUUGAUGAGACAAGGCGAAUCAAACUCUUAUUUGAUUAGUUCUCCCGUCCUUAGUUUCGAGAGGGAUCUGGUGAGCCCCACUCGACCUGAUAGGUCACAGGCUCCAGGCAUUCGGAGAUAUAAGUCGCAAUCGAAUGGUCAAUUAGCUUCAGGAACAAAGAGCUUUAACAUUCGCAAGAAGCGCAACACAAUCAGCGCUGGCGAGCAUGCCAAGGCUGUCCAAAGAGGGAAGUCAACCACUUCAUUGCAAGCAUUGAAAACUACUUUCAACGCAAGCUCAAGCGGAGCCGUUUCUGCUGUCGCCACAUCUGACGCCAACUUCGCAAAGUUAUUCCAAGAAGGUUAUGAUGUUAACCUUGGGACCUAUUCAGAGCCUCAAAGUGCUGUCAUCAAGAAGCCCAUGCGCAAGGCACGCAGUUCUGGCAACUUCCAUUCUCAAAUGGAUAACGAACUAGUCGAGACUCUAGCCAACUCCUACAGCUUCCGUGCUAGUCCAAAGUUUGAAAAGACCAUUCAUUUUGGUUUGGAUUAUGACAAACUCGCUAAGAAAUUCAUCGGAGGUGACAAGGUCGAGUCGGGGAAAGAGAAGGCAAACCUUCCUCGCCUCUCUAAGCCCAAUUCGGUCAAAAAUUCAUACAUCGGAUUGAACAGAUUGAAAGACCAACCAUGGUCAAAUAGGAAUUCUUCAACCAAUACUGUGAACAAUUCCUCAUUUAAUUCAACAAACAACUCUUCACAGAAUUUGAGAGAACUAUACACUGAUGAGGAGCUAGCAUCGAAAGUCCUUGACUCACCGAAAUUGCACCGGUAUUUUGCCAAUCUUCGUCCUGGAGUGGUGACAAAUAUGGCUACAGCAACUUCACCAUCCAAGAUCAAGCGAAGCCCCAAAGUCUCUUUCUCGAAUUUGGCGAACAAAGAUUCGGGGUCUGAAAAGGUGGAGACAUCCGAAGAAACCGAUGAAAGCAACAGCCAUAACUCGGACAAUGCCGAGGCCAUCUCCACAGAGGCAGAUGUGGACGAUGAGGAAACGGAAAGAGAAGAUAAUGGAUUGAGGAAAAAGUUUUCUUUCGAGGAGGAGGAGGAGGAGCAUCCCGCCGAAUAUUUCGCUUAUGAUUAA